CUCCAUCCACAAUCUUUUAUCCCAAACCAAUUCCAUCAUCCUUCCACAUCAUCACUCUUCAUCAAACAUCCUCAAUCUCAUAAAACCAAAUUAGCCAUUAAGCCUCAACCAUUUUCUUCAGUUUUCAUAUUUUUGCUGAAUUUUUGAGCUCAACGGCAGCCAUGAACUCCAGUGUUUUGGCCUGCAGCUAUGCCAUUUCUGGCUCUGCAGGAUCCUCUGAGCUCAAUGCAAAGAUUGCUUCAAUGCCUUCUGUGGUCUCUCCAGGCCUCAACAAGCUGCCUGUGAUCAGGGCUCAAAUGGCUUCUGCGCCGAAAGAAUCCAGAGGAAAUGAAGCAAAGAAAGCUGCAAUGGCGUUUUUAGCAGUUACCCUUUUCACCACAAGUGUAGCUUCUUCUUCUGCUAAUGCAGGCGUCAUUGAAGAGUACCUUGAAAAGAGUAAAGUUAACAAGGAAUUGAAUGACAAGAAGAGAUUGGCUACAAGUGGGGCUAAUUUUGCUAGAGCUUACACUGUCGAAUUUGGUACCUGCAAGUUCCCUGAGAACUUCACUGGCUGCCAAGAUCUUGCCAAGCAAAAGAAAGUGCCAUUCAUCUCUGAUGAUCUGAAGUUGGAGUGUGAAGGGAAGGACAAAUACAAGUGUGGUUCCAAUGUAUUCUGGAAAUGGUGAAGAUGGAAAACUCUGAAAAUAGUUUUAUCUUUAUCACCAUGUAUCUAGUUUUCUAUUAAUGGAAUUUUACAUCUGUUUGUUUAGAAAUUCUCUUGCCGUGACAUUUUUAUAUCCCCAUCAUGUUUCUUUGCA